AUGUCGUACUAUGAUUUGGAUGAUAUAAUAAGUCAUGGUCAGAAAAUACCAUGUAAAUUCAAUAUUGAUGUCAAAGGACUGGGUUACUUGGAAGGAAACCCAGGUAAAAACAUCGCCAAAGAUACAAAACUAGAAUUGCCUAUGUGGAUUGCUGAAGUGUUGGCCGUGUGUAUGACUUCUGAAGAAUCAUCAACCGCAUUCAUAGAACUGAUCCAACCAGAAGCAAUCAAUACAAAAGUCAUCAAUGCCAUAAAGACAAGCAGCACAAGUCUCGAUGUUCAUUCAAUAUCCCAACAUUAUUAUGCCUUGGUACAGAAAUGGGGUGAAUUGUUCACUGAUAAGGAACUAGUUGAUGUUGUUCAGCAGAUGCUCAAAGAAAGAGCCGAAGAGAUAAAUAACCAUGCACAAAGCUUGAGAGGUAUUAAACAAGAAAGUUCAUUCCUAUACACGCUUGACGAAUUUGAAAAGAAACUUUACAAAACAUCACAUGAAAGUCACAAGAACCUAAGGAAAUGGUUACAUAAUGAGUCGUAA